AAGAAGAACCCGUACAAGAAGUUUUCGUACCGCGGGAUCGAUCUCGAGGGGUUGCUUGAAUUGAAAAACGACAAGCUCGUGACGCUCUUCAACGCGCGCAUUCGUCGUCGAUUCAAGCGUAACGGUUUGGUGCGCAAGCACAAGACGCUCGUCGCGAAGCUUCGUAAGGCGAAGGCGGCGGUGACGGGUAUGGAGAAGCCGGAAACCGUGCGCACGCACUUGAGAAACAUGCCCAUCAUCCCGGAGAUGGUUGGCUCCGUCGUCGGCGUGUACAACGGCAAGGUGUUCAACACGGUUGAAAUCAAGCCGGAGAUGAUUGGGACGUACCUCGGUGAGUACGCGAUCACGUACAGACCGGUGUCGCACGGUCGCGCUGGUCUCGCCGCCGGUUCCAAGUUCAUCCCGCUCAAGUAA